AUGAAGCCUAACUAUGCCUUUGCAUUCGACAUUGAUGGUGUCUUGAUUAAGGGAAAACAAACUAUCCCGGAAGCAAAACGUGCCCUGCGCUUACUUAACGGUGAUAAUGCAGCCAAAAGACACGUUCCUUUUGUCCUGUUGACUAACGGUGGAGGUGUCACUGAAGCCAAGAAGGCAGAACAAAUCAGCCAGAUGUUGGAUAUCGAGAUCCGCCCAGAGCAGGUUAUUCUAUCCCACUCUCCUAUGAGGCUCUUAGUAGAAAAGUACAAGGACAAGCAGGUCCUUAUUGUUGGUGGAGUAGGAAACUCUUGUCGUGAUGUAGCCAAAGGGUACGGUUUUGAAAAUAUUUUGACGCCAGAUGAUAUUCAACAGUGGAAUCCAUCUGUCUGGCCAUUUACUCCUCCCAAAUUCGACAACCCAGUAAAGCAUGACGUUCCAAAGAUGCCCAUCGAUGCUGUAAUGAUGUUCCAUGACGCCCGUGAUUGGGGUCGUGAUCUUCAGAUUGUCUUGGAUGCUGUCUGUGCACAGAACGGUGUAAUUGGUACCCAAAAGAUCGAUUUUACUGCCCAGCAGAUUCCCCUUUAUUUCUCUAAUGUAAGUAAAAUCUGGAGUACAGACUUUCCUGCCCCUAGACUUGGCCAAGGGUCAUUCAAGGUUGCUUUGGAACAACUCUACGAGACAUUAACCGAGCAGAAGCUUCGUUCGACUUCAUUUGGAAAACCGCACGGCACAACAUAUGCGUACGCCGAGCAUGUUAUCAAGAACCUGUCCCCCGGCGGUUGUGCCGAAGACACAAAGCCUCGUGUGUAUGCCGUCGGUGACAAUCCAGCGGCCGACAUUAAAGGAGCAAAUGCUUAUGGCUGGACAAGCAUUCUUGUCCGCACAGGUGUAUUUACCGAACCUGGAAAUUCUUCGAUUUACCCAGCCGAUGCAGUCUGUAAGCAUGUCCAGGAAGCUGUCGAGUGGGCUAUUGACCAAGAAGAAAACCGUGCCAAUGGUACCCUUUAA